AUGCUGCUGAAAACAGACAAUGGCCAGCACCUCUGGGUACCCACCUCAACAACAAGAGACAAGUCAUCGGUCAUCAAAGAUGAGGACCUCACUUGGGAACAAUUCAGAGAAGUGGCCCUCUGCAUGAUUGAUGUGAUGAGAGACCAUGACUGGCCAGAGGAAAGCAUAAAGAUGCACAUUGACUUCUGGACAGCAAUCAAAAGCCACCCUUGGCACUGCUCUCCAUCACUCCUACUCUAUCAAAGCCAACAGCGCCAAUGCUGGCACCGAUCCAAGCUAGGAUCAUACAGGUGGUCCCUUGCAGAGUUAAAUGAGGAACUACUAGGCAUAGUGAAAGAUGAGAUCCUUGACAAUGAGAGGACCAUGCAGCUAGAUAACCUCCACAGGGUAUGUUGCCUUGCUCCCCACUAG